AUGUCUAACUCCUCCUCGUCAAGCUUCGCACCCGACGAACCUGCAUCCAUCAUAGCCUUGGAGAGAGCCAUCUUCAACGGUGCAGGGUUGGGCGCCGUGGCAUAUGGACUGAACUUGGCCUUGUUCGUCCAAUGCGUACCCCUGCUGUGGGCGCAACGGAAGAGAGACCCAAAAUAUUCUUAUGCGGCACUCCUCUUCGUCGGUCUUAUCUUCAGCUUCAGCACCAUCGCCAACGGAAUAGCCAUGUUCAUGAACCAGCUGGCAUUCGUUGACGAUCGAAACUAUCCUGGCGGGCCCGCCGUUUUCGCUUCUGAGCAGGUGCCAAUCACCCAGAAUCUGAACCUGGUUGCAACAGCGUGCUAUUUCUUCAAUCAAUGGCUUCAGGAUGGGUUUCUGCUCUACCGUUUAUACGUUAUAGCUGAUACACUUCGGACAUGGAUGAUGCCUAUUCCCGUUCUUCUGUAUAUUGGGAGUAUCGCCCUAGGCAACGAUACGACAAUCACCUACUAUUCCUUCGUCGUAGCCCUCAACAUGCUCAUCACCUUGCUCAUCGUCGCUCGCCUGAUGUCCACUCGCGCCACCGUCCGCAAAUACCUGGGACCCGAACACGGCUCGCUGUACACCUCCGUCUCCGCAUUGCUGAUCGAGUCGGCCUUCAUCUACUCCGCAAUCGAUCUCGCGUUCAUCAUCACCUUCGCCCUCAACUCGACCGGGACGUACAUUCUCCAACCAAUUGUUGGGCAGCUUGAGUCUAUCGCUCCCUUCAUAAUCGUCCUUCGCGUGGCGCAAGGGAAGGCGGUAACAAAGCAGACGAUGCGCAGCAUGCACGGCGCUCACGCAACUACUGGGACCAGCAUGCAAUUCGCGACUGCCGCUGCUACAACGAGGAAUACCUCGAUGAACACAUCGGUUACCGCCAAGGAACCGUCCUUAGUCGUUGACUCAACGGAGAUGCUAUCCUUUGCGGAGACAAAGUAG